UGCAAAGUAUUUAGAAUAUGUUACUAACCUUGAGUAAUCCAACGGAAUACGUUACAAAUUACAUUUUACAGCAUGUAUUCUGUAAUCUGUAGUGGAAUACAUAAAGUAACCCUCCCAACCCUGGUGGUAGAUGACCAGCUCAAUUUCACUGCACACAUCUCAUCAAAGGCCCGAUCUUGCAGAUUCAUGCUUUACAACAUCAGGAAAAUCAGACCAUUCCUGUCUGAAUAUACUACAUAGCUCCCGGUCCAAGCUCUGGUCAUUUCAAGACUGGACUACUGCAGUGCUCUGUUGGCUGGCCUCCCAGCUAACACAAUUAAGCCACUGCAGAUGGUCCAGAAUGCAGCAGCCCAUCUGGUCUUCAAUCAGUCAAAAAGGGCUCAUGUCACCCCACUCUUGACUUCACUGCACUGGCUACCUGUAGCUGCCCGCAUCAAAUUCAAGGCUUUGACUCUGGCUGUCAGGACAGCCAAUGUAACUGCACCCUCUUACUUCAAUUCAGUUCUUCAGGUCUAUGCUCCAACUAGCUCUCUGCGGUCUAUGAACGAGCAAUGCCUGGCGGUCCCAUACCAAAGAGGCUCAAAGUCUAUUUCACGUUCGUUCACUUUCUCUGCUCCUCUGAGGUGGAAUCAACUUCCACCUCCACACGAUCUACUCAUCAUUCAAGAACCAGCUGAAGACACAUCUGCUUCAUGAGCACUUAACCAACCCACACUAAUUGCACUUACUACUGCACUUAACCUUCACUUAAUCUCGCUUGACUGAACACUUCAAAUUUGAGGAUGCCUGUUUUAAAAAAGAAACAAUCAAAAGACAAAGGUGAUCCUAGUGGCCUGCCCAAGCUCCCAGUGCCCCCCCUGCAGCAAACUCUGGACAUGUACCUGAAGUGCAUGAGUCAUCUGGUACCGGAGGAAGAGUUCCGAAAGACAAAGACUAUUGUAAAGGAAUUUGGAGCACCUGGUGGGAAGGGAGAAUUUCUUCAGAGAAAGCUACUGGAGAGAAGUGAGCAGAAAGCCAAUUGGGUGUAUGACUACUGGCUUGAAGAUAUGUAUUUAAAUAACAGAUUAGCACUACCUAUCAACUCCAGUCCAGUAAUUGUCUUUCCCAAGCAAAACUUCAGGGGUCAAAGUGAUGCACUCAGAUUUGCUGCCCAUCUCAUUUCUGGUGUAUUAGAGUACAAAUCUCUAAUUGAUAGACAUGCUCUCCAUGUAGACUAUGCUCGUGGGCAGCUAGCUGGGACUCCCCUGUGUAUGGAGCAGUAUAACAAAAUCUUUACCUCUUACCGUCUGCCUGGACCAAAGACUGACACUCUAGUGGCUCAGAAGAGCACUGUAAUGCCUGAGCCAGAACAUAUAAUAGUGGCUUGUAAGAAUCAGUUUUUUGUUCUUGACGUGGUGAUAAACUUCCGCCGGCUGAAUGAAAAAGACCUUUACACUCAGCUGGAGCGAAUCAGAAAGAUGGCAGACAGUGAAGAGGAGCAUCUGCUUCCUAUUGGUCUGCUCACAUCAGAUGGCAGAACAGAGUGGGCCGAGGCUCGCAGUGUACUGAUCAAAGAUUCUACCAACAGGGACUCUCUAGAUAUGAUUGAGCGCUGUCUGUGUCUGGUGUGUUUGGAUGACCCAACUGGCAUCGAGCUGACUGACACCAACCGAGCUUCACUGAUGCUCCACGGAGGGGGCAAAGACAAGAAUGGGGGCAACCGCUGGUAUGACAAGCCCAUGCAGUUUGUAAUAGGUGCAGAUGGAUGCUGUGGUGUAGUCUGUGAACACUCUCCUUUCGAAGGAAUAGUGCUUGUGCAAUGCUCAGAAUAUCUACUGAGAUAUAUGAGAGGCAGCCCUUCUAAAUUGGUGAGAGCAGCCAGCAUGAGCGAACUUCCUGCCCCUAGACGACUGCGCUGGAAAUGCUCACCAGAAAUCCAAACUUUCCUAAUGGCAUCGGCAGACAACUUACAGAGACUUGUCAAAAAUCUGGACAUGAAUGUCCACAUAUUCACCGGUUAUGGAAAAGAGUUCAUCAAGAGACAGAAAAUGAGUCCUGAUGCUUAUGUUCAAGUUGCCCUGCAGUUUGCAUUUUACAGAUGUCAUGGACGUCUAGUGCCAACGUAUGAGAGUGCAUCAAUACGCCGCUUUCAAGAGGGACGAGUUGACAAUAUUCGCUCUGCAACACCUGAGGCCUUAGUAUUUGUUAAAGCUAUGACCGAUAGCUCCAACUUCACUGAUGCUGAGAAAAUGGAGAAGUUUCAGAAUGCCAUAAAAGCACAAACCAAUUAUACAAUUCUAGCAAUCACAGGAAUGGCAAUAGACAAUCACUUGCUGGGACUGCGAGAGAUUGCCAAGGAGCUGAAACUCGAAAAGCCUGAGCUGUUCUCUGAUCCGACCUAUGUCACCAGCAACCAGUUCAUUCUCUCUACAAGCCAGGUCCCAACCACUGAGGAGAUGUUCUGCUGCUAUGGUCCUGUUGUCCCUAAUGGCUACGGAAUCUGCUACAAUCCUCAGACGGACCACAUCCUCUUCUGUGUGUCAAGCUUCCAUGACAGUGCAGAGACCAGCUCAUAUUUGUUUGUGAAGGCUCUUGAGGGGUGUCUGAAGGAAAUGCAAGGUCUAUGCAGAAAAUGCAACAUUCAAGCUAAACCAGCUGACUCCACAGAAAGGACUGAGGGAACACCGAAGGUAAUGAAGAAUGGGAGCAAGUCAUAGCAAGAAUCAGGACCACACACUGGCUCAUCCUGUAAAUGUUUAAACCAUGUGGUAGAUGCAAGAACCAAUGUGACUGAAUGAACAGUGCUCAGGAUGGGAGGGAUUUGGGGAGUUAAUAUAUAUAUGUACCAAGAUAGUGAAGCUUAUUAAUUAUAUAUACAUAUGCAUAUUUGCUGGGUUCAGAAAGGGUCAUGCUUUCAAAGAAUACAGGGUUGGUUAUUGCAGGAAUGAGAAGAAUGUGUUGCAGCACAACGAAGAUGGUUGUAAUUGCACACAUAGGCCAAUGAAAGGAGGACAGAAACAGAAGUAAUGAGAUAAUACACUGAGGGGUUAGGAUAAUAAAUUCACUGCCUCCUAAAUGCCCUCUCAACUAGCUGAGCUGUGUCUCACAGAAUCCUAACCAGUUUUUCAGUUUGCCUAAGAGUGCAUUAUAGUUGACAGUGUCAAAGGCACCACUAAGAUCAAAUAAUAGCAGAACUGAUAAUUGGUAGUAUUUACUUAAUCCUUAAGUAUCUGUAUGAAGGCUAUCUCAGUGCUGUAGUCAGAAAGUAGACUGGAAAUUGUCCAAAUAGCGGUUUGAGUUUAGAAUUUGAAUCUGUUCAGCUGAUUGACGACCUAAUAAUUUUGCCUAUUAGAUAGUGCUAUAAUUUUUUGUACUAUGCAUAUGAUAUUAAAAUUAUAAAAACAUAUUGAUUAGCUGUAAAAAUCUAUUCCAUUUAAAUGUCAUGUCAGGGUUACAAUACGGUUAUGGAUGUUUAAAAAUAUUCUGAGUGACGGCUCUAUACUACUGGAUCAGAAGCUGCUGUCUUUUUUUUUUUUUUUUUUUUUGUGAGCCUCAACAUUUGCUUUUCAAAGUUAGUUUCAAUUAAAGAUAUCUGUUUAGGAAAAUAUAGCAAAAUAAGUCUAUUUUGAGUCUGCAGGAUAUAAACAUGAAGCCAAGGCCAGUUUUAAAAAAAUCAUCAUUAUAAAUUAUACUGUAUGGUCUUUUAGUUUUAAAGUGUACUGUGCUGUGUUGUCUAUACAUUUCUCAAUGGGGCAUAUUCUGAAAAGCAGAGACCAAGCUCAAAAAAAAAAAAAAAAAAAAAAUCUAAGCUAGUGUGAGUAAUAAACAGUGUGCAUAAAAUCGUAAAAGUAUAUCGCCUAUUGUAAAUCACCAUGUUGCAUGAGCAUUGUAUGUGGUUCCAUUCUGUGUCUUGGUUUCCAAUGCAAUAAUACUUUAGUAACAGGGAUUUUGAUUUCUAAUGCAAUAGUAGUAAGCUGAUAUGAAACUGUAUCAUUGUUUGAUUGUAAUCAUCAUUGUAUGUGACAAUAUGCUUCUAAAAAAUAGCAAUAUGCUUCAAUAUGCUUCUUAAAAGGUGUUAAACAAAAUUUAAGAAACAAUACUUGAUGUUUGCUUAAUGCACAUAGAAAAAAAUGGGAGUAUGUUUUUAUAUGUAAAAUGGAAUAUUACUUUAUUUUCAAAGUGCGUGUAAUUUGUAUAUACUAUGUGUUGAAUGUUGUAACAGUAAUUAUAUUUAUUAAAAAUAUGACUAUCCACAGCAUUGAGAAAUGUAUUUUUAGCAGUUUAUAGCUAAAUUAAAUAAGUAUUGUAUUAAAAAUAGUGUUUGAAAUAAAGAAACAUAAGCCAGUCAAUCAUGUUACAUAUACAGUAUAAUAUAUAUAUAUAUAUAUAUAUAUAUAUAUAUAUAUAUAAAAUACUCGAUAGACUACAUAUAUAGAAAAAUUAUAGCCUUAGCCUAAGUGUUAGUAAUAGGAUGUGUCGUUUGUACAUCAUGGCCUCAUGUUAAGCAUGAAUACUGUACUUGAGGACGGCCAAUGUUAACCAGUAAAAUACAUGUGAAAGCUAAGAUGCGACAGAAUGUACUUUGUUAAACUGGUGGUGGAGUGCUUAAACUGUAAUGUUCUUUAACUUUGAGAUAUUUAUUUUUCUAAGUUUGGGUUUUAAAAAGAUAUAUGUUCUAAUUAUGAAUAACAUUGUGUUGUAAUGAUGCCAUUAAAACUA